AUGAGUGAAGCUCCGAGCUAUAACGAGUCAAUGCCCGACGGCGGCAACCCUCUCGAGAUGGACGUAAACGCCCAAUACGUGGGCUUCGAAUACAAUUACACGUACCUCAUCUUCUGCGGCUUCAUUGUGUGGCUCAUCAUACCCGGAAUCGGCCUUCUCUACGGAGGACUCGCCCGCCGAAAGUCUGCCCUCGCCCUCCUUUUCCAGUCUCUCAUGGUCGGCGCAGUCACCACCUUCCAAUGGAUGUUUUGGGGAUACUCGCUGGCGUACAGCCGCACGGCAGGCCCAUUCAUCGGCGACCUGGCCAACUUCGGACUGCGCAACGUCGUGGCUGCUCCAUCAAUCGGCAACUCUACAAUUCCAGACAUCGCUUUCUGCCUCUACCAGCUCCUGUUCUGCGCCUGUACCGUACAGAUUGUGGUUGGUGGUGCUUUUGAGCGUGGACGCAUCAUCCCAUCUCUCGUUUUUGGAUUCUUCUGGGCCACUAUCGUGUACUGCCCUAUUGCUUGCUGGACAUGGAACCCCAACGGCUGGUUGUAUAACCUUCCCUCGCUCGAUUUCGCCGGUGGCGGCCCUGUGCACAUUGCCUCCGGAUGGGCAGCCCUGGCUUACGCGCUGGUUCUUGGCAAGAGAAAGACGAACCCAGAAGACAAGUCGCACGGGAAGCCGCACAACACGACCCUGGUCUUCCUCGGCACUGUGUUUAUCUGGUUCGGCUGGUUCGGCUUCAACGGUGGCUCAGCACUCAAUGCUAGUGUUCGUGCGAUGUAUGCUGCCUUCAAUACCAACACUGCUGCAUCGACAGGUGCCAUUGGAUGGGUCAUGGUAGACUACAUCAAGCACAAGAGACGCUUCAGUGUUGUUGGCGCUUGCGAGGGUGCUAUUGCUGGCCUUGUCGGCAUCACGCCAGCAGCCGGCUAUGUCAGCGUAUGGCUUGCUGCUGUCAUUGGAUUUCUGACGGCUGUCAUCUGCUCAUUGAUGUCGGAUGUCAACGUGUGGCUGCACAUUGAUGAGGGUAUGGAUGUGUUCAAGCUCCACGGUAUCGGCGGCAUGUGUGGCUCUUUCUUUACUGGCAUAUUCGCUACGGCUUCAGUCUCCGCCCUUGAUGGCGUAACAGUUGCAUCUGGUGGCAUCGAUGGUAACGGAAUCCAAGUGGGCAAACAGUUCGCAGAGAUCUGUGCCAUCUCUGCUUACUCUUUCGUGGUUUCCUUUGCCUUGCUCAUGAUCAUGAAGUACAUCCCCGGCCUCCACCUUCGUGUCUCAGAUGAGGCCGAGGAGCGAGGACUGGACAUGGACCAGUUCUUCGACGAGCAAAUUGGUGACUGGAGUUACUUUGACGCAACUGAAAAGCAUCAAAAUACUGCCAUUCUCGGCCAGGCCAUGCGCGGUAGCGAUUCGUCCUCCACAAGAGGCGAGGUGACGGAGGAGACGAAGGGAGUCGCUAGCGAUGGUGUCAAGACGGUUUGA